AUGUUAGUGUUAGUCUUGGCCAACAUAGCGGUGCCUAACUGCACCAGCAGAUGCGGCAACAUAAGCAUACCUUACCCAUUUGGCAUCACCUCCGGGUGCCACCGUGAGGGCUUCAAGCUUGCCUGCAACGAGACAUAUCAUCCCCCAAAGCUCUUCAUGGACAGUUCCGGAGUCGAAGUGCUUGAAAUAUCAUCGCCAAACAGCACACUGUACAUUGACAGUGGGAUCCUCACCUUGGCGGGGGAUGAGUCGGACGACGGUCACAUCCGUAUGAAUUGUAUAGACAUGCAUUCUGAGUCAAAUAGGUUUCCCAUCAAGUACACCAUUGACAAAGAGAACUUGCCGCCGGUUAACGCAAGUCUUGCUUUGGUGGAGAGCAAAUGGUGGAGCAAGAUGAAGAAUGUCAUGAUGCUGCAGAAGGCGGCAUCGUCUGACACCAGCCUUGGUGCCUCCAAAGGCGUACUACACCCCAUACCAGGGGUACCGAUUAGAACGGCUAUCAGGUGGAUGUUCAGUAACUUGUCGUGUGCCGCGGCUAGCAAUUCAAGUGACUUUGGGUGCCUCAGCGACAGGAGUGAGUGCCUUGAGUAUCCUAUAUCAGAUGAUUCAACUGGAGGUUACACAUGCCGGUGUUGGCAUGGCUACCAUGGCAACCCUUACGUGCAACAUGGAUGCCAAGAUAUCGACGAGUGUACAAGUCAAGGCGAGUACCCCUGCUUUGGUCAGUGCAUCAAUCUGAUAGGGUCAUAUACUUGUACCUGUCCGCAUGGCACCACUGGUGAUCCCCGAAAACAAAAUGGAUGUUCUUCAACCAAAGGAAUUUUUUCAGGAUUUACAACAGUGGUAGGAAUCGGCAGCUGUGUAGGAACUCUUCUAAUUAUCCUCAGGUUGUUGCUACAGCGGCUUGUAGACAAGGAUAUUGCUGAAAGGAUGCUGUUCAGUUUACAGGAGCUUGAGAAGGCAACAAAUAAGUUUGACGAGGCUCGAAAACUCGGAGGUGGAGGCCACGGUACUGUCUACAAAGGGAUUUUAUCUGACAAACAUGUUGUUGCCAUCAAGAAGUCAAAAGUUGUAAUCCAGAGAGAAACAGAUGAUUUCAUCAAUGAGAUUGCCAUCCUUUCUCAGGUGAACCACAGGAACGUAGUGAAGCUUUUCGGAUGUUGUCUCGAGACAGAAGUUCCAUUGUUGGUCUACGAAUUCAUUUCAAAUGGAACUCUUUCUGAUCAUCUUCAUGUCGGUACACCACUAUCAAUGCCAUGGAAAGACCGGCUCAGAAUAGCCAUUGAAACCUCAAGGUGCCUUUCUUAUCUGCACUCAGCUGCUUAUUCAUCUUGCGAGUGA